AUGGAUUCUACUUAUGGUUCAAUCCAUAUUAAUGACCAAAUUGAAUCAAUCGAACCAGUAUACAAGCCGCCAACAAUAACACAAUCUUUAAAUGUUGCAUUAUACUCAUCAAAGUUAAAUGUGUUAUUGAUAUUUGUUCCACUCGGAUUUUUGGCUCAUUAUUUUGAAUGGAAUAUUGCUAUAAUUUUCAUAUUAAAUUUUCUAGCUUUGAUACCACUAGCAAACUUGCUUGGGUUUGUUACUGAAGAUAUUGCAAACCGAUGUGGUCAG